GAUUUUAAAUUUUAUGGCAUUCAUUGCUCUUUCUAUUAUCGAAUAGAUGAUAAAAAGACCGAAAAUGAAAGAGAAAACGUUAAACACAUAAGUAAAGAUGGUGGAAUUAAUAUUCCAUGA